GUCACACUGGCUGCGGUAACAGUACAGCAUUCUUUGUGACACCAUUGUUUGCAUUGUGAACAAGUCGUCCAAUCCUCGCCAGGCAUUGACUUUGACCAAAGUUCACCACAAAGUGAUAAAUUUUUUAGCCCACCAUUGACUCGGCGAUUUAAUACAUCCUAGUUUGGUACCAUGUAGGCAUUUGCAGCUUUCGUAUUGACAGUUCUUUCUUCUCAACUGCAGAGAUAGCAAGACAGAUUUAAUCCUCAUUCCAGUUUUCACGUUGAGUUUUGCAUACAUGGUUCCGGACCAUCCUAAAUAAAAUAAAAGUUAGUUUGAUUUGUGACAUGGACUAAGCUGUUUAUAGCAUAAAAUAUAUGACUAUGAACUUAGGCCGAGGGAAUUAAAGUCAUAGAAUACCGUCCUUAUAAUUUCAAAAAUAGAUGAGGCUUUUUUUCAUUAUUCAUUAUUUUUAGAAAUGUGUGAAAAUUGGUCGAACGUCAAUAAACCUGUUCAGUAAAAUGCCAGCAAUCUUUAAAACUAGGCAGCGAAUGCCUGCGAAGUGAAAGCUAUGCUGUACAAGUAGACUUUGCCCUUAAUACAUGACUUCUGCGAUGAAUUAUAGUUUAAAGUGUAGAUAAUUGUUGAAAUAACAAAAUAUUUUGAAAUAAUGAUUUUUUUGCGGCAGCAUUUUGGACAUGCGGGCGGAGGACGGUAUUCUAUGACUUUAAUUCCCUCGGCCUUAUGAUAAAUUAUAGAAUGAAAGUGAUUCAAUCAGAAAUAUAAACCCUUUUAACUUUCCCAAGCAGGAGGAAGUGGUAUUAAAUCAGCAAUUGAGGACUUCAAUAUAACACAGGUAGUACUGGUAAUAAUCCAAGAUAGUAUUUAUAUCAUACAGGGUGUAUCAAAAAAAGUAAGACAAUUUUGAAAUUGCUCUCAAUUCCACAAUUCUGUUCAUGAAAUGUAAUUUUUGCUAUAUAUGGAUUGCUUGAGUUCUUAAAUUGUGGAAAAUAUAAAAAAUUUUGAAAAUAGUAAAUUUUGCUAUCCAGGGGGGUGGUCAACUUUUGCUCUCCUAAAAGUGGCUUGCGCACGGAAAUGACAAACGGUAUUCUUUAUUUGAAUUCAUGUAUGAAAAGUUCGCUAUUUGUUGCAUUUAUGAUAAAAUUUCGGCAGGAUUUUACCGAGUACAAAUCCUCCAAAAAGCCUAUGAAAACGUUACAUUUUUCUCUGUUGGUGCUGUUCUGGCUUCAUUAUGAAUUCAUUUUUACUCCCAUGAGAGUUCCGUGGAAUUUCCAUGGAAUUUGUGCUUUCGAGUUGUUUGUGCUGAAACGUAUUCUCUCGUAUAAUACCCCGUACACUUUGAAAUGGCGAUGCCACAAUUUACUCCGCAGCAGAGAGCUUUUAUGGUAUCAGAGUUCCUCCGUAGCAACAACAUAAACUUGGUUCGCCAAAGUUCACGAAAGAAUAUCCAGAUGCAUGUACGAUGCCCUUCACGUGCGAAUACAUGAAGGCAUCGUACAUCUGGAUAUUCGUUCGUGAAACUUUGGCAACAAGGGCCACAAGUUUAUCAGUUUCUAACUGUCGCGUGUUACCCUCAGUAAAUAAAGCCUUUCACUUCACUUCACAACCAAGUUUAUGUUGUUGCUACGGAGGAACUCUCUGCUGCGGGGUAAAUUGUGGCAUCGCCAUUUCAAAGUGUACGGAGUAUUAUACGAGAGAAUGCGUUUCAGCACAAACAACUCGAAAGCACAAAUUCCAUGGAAAUUCCACGGAACUCUCAUGGGAGUAAAAAUGAAUUCAUAAUGAAGCAAGAACAGCACCAACAGAAAAAAUUGUAAUGUUUUCAUAGGCUUUUCGGAAGAUUUGUACUUGGUAAAAUCCUGCCGAAAUUUUAUCAUAAAUGCAACAAAUAGCGAACUUUUCAUACAUAAACUCAAAUAAAGAAUACAGUUUGUCAUUUCCGUGCGCAAGCCACUUUUAGGAGAGCAAAAGUAGACCACCCCCCUGGAUAGCAAAAUUUACUAUUUUCAAAUUUUUUUAUAUUUUCCAUAAUUUAAGAACUCAAGCAAUCCAUAUAUAGCAAAAAUUACAUUUCAUGAACAGAAUUGUGGAAUUGAGAGCAAUUUCAAAAUUGUCUUACUUUUUUUGAUACACCCUGUAUAAAUGUAUCAGUAUCUAUAAUGUCCUCAGUCCUCUCAACUUGUGGGCUUGACUACAGACUAUUCAAACUCUUUGUGGAUGCCUGGCUUCUACACUUUUCAUGUUUAUCACCUGACUUGGUGUAGAGCCUUCAUUAGAAAAUCUUGCAGAGCAAUAUGCCCACUGGUGGUAAUUCCAGAACAUGACAGAUCCUUCUACAACUUCCACCAUCUGCAGGACGAAAUAAAUCAAAUGUCAAGAUUUUGCCAGAUUUGACAAAAAUGAUUAUACUGACAGAAAAUUUAUACCCUAUAUUCUGCAGCCAAAUUUCCAUCAAGCAUUUUUGCACCAAAUUUAUUAUUUUACUCUGUCUAACGGAAAACAACUUUACUCUGUCAAAUGCCAAAUCAUUAUGUUUUACUAUAUGUCUAAUGACAGACAAUUUUAUUUGUUAAGUGGAGAGUCUGGAACAUUAAUGGAACAAAUAUUUAAUAAAAUAACAAAGGACUAAAAGUAGGGCACAUUGCUUCUAAAUAUGCCAACACAGCAGCUUUUGCGGUUAAUUAUUAACCUUUCAAUAACCAACACUCAUCUUGAUGAGUAAAAUCAUCUGAUAAUUAACUAUCAAAGUACUGAAGGUGAGGAGUGUUAGGAUGAAUUGCAUCUAAAUGUGUUAACAACAAACAAUGCAAAAUAGUCUGGUGUUAGACAGGCCAAAAUAUUGAGCUUUGAAAUAGAGCAGAUUAGUGUGAAUUGGGUCUUAAAGAGUUUACACAUAACACAGGGGGACAGUGAGAUCAGUGGCGUAACUACUAUGGGCUCGGACCGGGAGAACCCGGGGGCCCUCAGCCCCAACGGGGGCCCCCAGGCUCAGGCUAUAGCCUAUAGAGCAACAAUGCCAUUCUCUGACCAUCAGAAUUAUGUAAAAUCUCUCCCCAAAGUCUGGGAAAUGGCAUUUCAGAGAGUCUAGAUUCAAAUAUUUUCUGGGUGAGCAUGCUCUAGACCCACUAGAAAACUUGUGCAUAUACGGCGCUCGACUUGUGGCUCUGGCAAUUUUACUAGGGGGGCCUUCGAAAAGUUUGAACCGGGGGCCUUCGAAAAGUUUGAACCGGGGGCCCCUUGAUAUAACGUUACGACACUGAGCAAAAUAACCUAUCAAAGUUGUCCACUCUCUUUCACAAGUAAAAUAUUUGAUCUGGUGUUAGACAAGGUAAAAUAAAAAAGUACUGAAAGUUGAGCAUAUUCAUCCUAACGAGUUAGUGUGAAAUGUAAGUAAAGAGUCUCGUUAACUUGAAUAUACCAUCACAUAGUUAAAUGUUAAUUUCAUAAAAAAAUAUGGAGAAUUUUCCUGGCAUUACACUAAGGCUAACAUAUUUUAAUUCAUAUUGACUGGUGCAAUUACACCUCUCCCAAUGAAAUAUCAAUUUUAAUUGGAUAUCAGAAUCUUAGGAAGGUUGCUGCUGAUUUGAGCAAGUAGAUAAAUUUUCAAACUAUAUAUGUAAUAUGAGCAUGCAUAUAGUACUAUAUAGUCUAUAUGUAUAGGCAUGCUUAAUGUCUGCAAUUAAUCUUGCAUAUACAGUUUAAUUUUGAAACAAAUGAUAGCGAUAUUACAUUUAUUAAACGACGUUUCGAUGCUACAGCGUGCAUCAUUUUCAAGUUAUAGUAUUACAUAUAUUGCGUUGAUUUAAAUUAAACCGUUCGUGUCACGUUAGCAAAUUAUUGCGUAAGCAUGCAAAAUUUAAAUUUAUAUGACGUAAUAAAUUACAUAAAUUACAUUUAAAAAACGGAUACCUACAACUACAAGCUCGCAAAAUGGCUCGACGAGAAGCUAAAGCCUCUUUCCACCAACGAGUACACUAUUCCUGAUCCCCUCUUAUUCUCCGAAGAAUUGCGAAAGAAAGAAAUCCAAGAUGGUGAAAUCCUAGUCUCGUAUGAUGUUUCCUCCCUCUUUACCAACGUCCCGGUUGAUGAGACAAUAGAAAUCCUGGUAGACAAAGCAUUUCAUAACGAGUGGUUCAACAAGACAUAUCAUCUACAACUCGAAAGAUCGGAACUAGCCAACUUGUUGAACUUGGCUGUGAAGAACCAACUUUUCCAGUUAGACGGUAAGCUGUACCAGCAGGUAGACGGCGUUGCGAUGGGAUCACCACUUGGCCCCUUGAUGGUGAACACCUUCAUGUGUUCCAUUGAACAGAAACUCGUUGACAACAACCGUAUGCCCUCGUUUUACCACCGUUUUGUUGAUGACACCAUUACCACCCAACGAAGUUUAGCAUCGGCGGAAGAUUUUCUUAAUACCCUCAACAACUGCCAUCCAUCCUUGAAUUUUACAAUGGAAUGUGAAGUCGACGGGAAGCUGCCUUUUCUUGGUAUGGAAGCGAUAAGAACGCAUGGCCAUAUCGAAACAAAAGUCUACGUCAAACCAACAAAUACCGGCCUCCUUCUUCACUACCAAAGCCAUGUCGAUCGUAGAUAUAAGAAAUCAUUGAUUACUACCAUGCUAAACCGUUUAUCGUCAUCCUGGAAACACUUUGUGGAAGAGUGUGAUCGUCUAAAGAGCGUUUUUGCCAAUCUACGAUAUCCUCUCAGACUCGUUGACUCAAUCAUCUCUGAGUUUGUAACCAAGAAAUACGCAGAAAUCAACAGCACGACCCCAACUGAGUAUGUGAAAAGAGAUGUGAUUUGCGUGGCCCUGCCGUUUAAAGAUCAGAAGUCGUCUGAUAUCGUGCGAAGACAACUCGCAGGCCUUGGUACGGUGAUUGGUAGAGCAUUAGAGCCAGUAUUUAAAAGUAGAAAGAUCAAAGAAGAAGUUAAAGUUCACGAGAUGAAACCACCAAUUGUAAAUCAACAACGCGUUGUGUAUAGAUAUAAAUGUGAUCUGUGCGAUGCAGAUUAUGUUGGCUAUACUAGUCGGCACUUACAUCAGCGCAUUGAUGAGCACAAGCGAUCGGUAAUCGGGAAACAUAUGAGGGAAGAUCACGAAGAGGAUGUGUCGAGAAUUGAAGGUUGCUUUUCAAUUCUACGAAAAUGCCAAGGAAAGUAUGAGUGUCUUCUAUACGAAAUGCUGUAUAUUAAGGAACUAUCGCCGUCCUUGAACACUCAAUCGGACUCGAUUCGUUCAAAACUUUAUACUUAAUCCUAUAAUUAAUGGGCUUUAUGUUUGUUUUGUUUAGUAUGUUUGUUUGUUGUUGUUUUUUGUGUACAUGUUAUAUAUUUAUGAAAGACAGAAAUAUGGUUAAUCUGUUUUAUGUUUUCUUUUAAAUGUAAUUUAUGUAAUUUAUUACGUCAUAUAAAUUUAAAUUUUGCAUGCUUACGCAAUAAUUUGCUAAUGUGACACGAACGAUUUAAUUUAAAUCAACGCAAUAUAUGUAAUACUAUAACUUGAAAAUGAUGCACGCUGUAGCAUCGAAACGUCGUUUAAUAAAUGUAAUAUCGCUAUCAUUUGUUUCAAAAUUAUUUUCAAAAAAGUUUUUGAUUAAAAGUUCAUAUACAGUUUAUAGCAUAUACAAAUAUAUUAACCAAUAAACAUUGAAAAGUCUAAUUCAAAUAUAAAACUCUUAUAGUAGCAUUUAUUGAAGUAUAAAAGACAGAUAAAUAUAUUUAUAUCAGCGUUCUAAUCCAUUAUUGUCGCGGCAAAUUCAAAUUUUAAACCGAUCGAAACACAUGUGACAUGCUCGAAUUUCACGAAUGAAUAUUGGACAAGGUAUUCCUUUAUAAUUUGCUUUAUUAUAAACAAAAUAUAAACAUAUGCUCACCUGAACAUUAUACAAACAUCGCUGAUGUAUUACUAGUGAAAAUCCAGUUGAAUCUCAUCAAAAAUAGUUCUAUUUUGAACAUAUAAAGCAUUCACAAACAAAAAAUUUAUAAAAUAUCGGAGGUGUGAUGACCUAUCCCAAGAUGCUUUGUGUGUGUGGCAAAAAACUAGACACCAGUCUGUUGGUCGCGCACAUUAAUUGCGGUAAUUAUUCAUUUAAUUAAUGUUAGAAUAAAUUUAUUUUCCAAUCCUAUAGGAAUUUUUAUUUCCUAUAUGUAUAUUAGUAUAUAUAUAGGAAUUUCGUUUUCCUAAAGGAAUUUUUUCACCAUUUUCAAAUCUUAUAUGAAUUCUUAUAGGAAUUUUCAAAUCCUAUAGGAAUUUCAUUUCUUAUAGGAAUUCCUAUAAGAAAUUUUCGUAAGUGUUGGCAUAGCAUUGCCAUAGAAAUCAUAUGCAUAUGUAUGGAUUCUCUAUUGGAGGCCAGAACCACACCAAGUUCAGACUCCAUAUAAUUCCCAUAGAUAUGGGAAGUAUAUGGCACAACCAAGUGUGGACUACCAUAUAAUUCCCAUAUAUGGGAAUUAUAUGGGACAACCAAGUGUGUAUAUAAUUCCCAUAGGUAUGGGAAGUAUAUGGGACAACCAAGUGUGGACUACCAUAUAAUUCCCAUAGAAUUGGUUAUAUGUAAAAGCAUGCCAUUGAUAUGGAUUACCUAUGGACCAAGUAACCCCACAGAUUUCCCAUAG